GGAACUGAAGUUUAGUCCGCGCCUCGGGAUUCGACACGGCUGCUGGGUGUACGAGUGUACGGCAGAGAAUAAACACGGAGAAAUCGUUUCCACGAACGGGAACAGAAACAGAAUCGGUACACAAGUUCGUCGAGUGUACAAGUUUCAUUUCGCGUUGGACCAAAUUUUCGAUUUCCUCGCGAUGGUCGCGUCUACCGUGCCGAUUCUCGACGUCGAUCGUUCGUAGAUCGUGUCGCUGCACUCGAAGAUACACGAGUGAGCACACUGAAAGAGUCGUGACGUUUAGUGAAUUUGAAGAGAAACUAAACGAAGAAUCAAAGUACGUGGAAUACGUGAUACAUUACGGAGCAAGAGAGACUUGUUCGAGAGAAAGAGAAGUGAGAGAGGCAGAGAAAGAAAAAAAACGGAAGAGAGUUACAUUAAACGUUGCGUACUAUGUGGGACGUCACGUCGAGUGACAUCGUAGCCUGGAGACAAAAUGGGGCCCGUUGAAGGGGCCCGGAAGAUCUCAGGGGUCCGAUUAUCAACGGAGGUAUGGAUGUCAUCGGGGACGGGGACGAUCAAACCCUCCAGGCGAUUCUCGGUCGGGACGAUUUCGACGGAGGGCUGGACUUCUCGCAAUUGGAAGAUUUUAUUAACAGCGACAGCGAACAACCGGCUACAUAUUUCGCGGACACCCUUGCUCACAAUGAAAACGGGGGUGGAACGACCAGUCAUGGUGGUCGCGUCGAAGCGACGACCACUCAACCACUCUCUCGAUUACCCUCGCCGAUUGCUCAAAGUCAUCCGGUCUCGAGUACCUGCACAUCCGGUACCACGACCGUUCAAAAUGGCGCCGCUUACAAGGAUCCACAAUCGUACGUUCACCCCCACGCGUUACCAGAAAGUCCACCAGACAGCGGUAGCGAGCCGCCAUAUUCGCCACCGGGUCACAACGAUACUCAACACGUGCACUCACCACAUCAAAAGGUAGCUCUUCAGGAAAUGCUGCUCCAUCAUCAGGGCAAUCAGGCAAAUUACGCUCCAAACCUGUUACCAUCCUCACCAAGAACUUUAACGUCGUCCACGGAUCCGAUGCUACUGACGCAUUCGGUUCUAACGUCGCACCUUGGGUCUACGACACCGAAUAUUCAACCGCAACAACAGAUAAGUCAGAAUCUCGUGCCUUUGCCGCACGAACACAGCCCUGGAAACAUCAACACCCUGUACUCGUCCUUGCAAUCGGCGCCUAAGAAGAGAAAAUUGAGCCAGGAUGGACUUGUCCAUGUAAAGCAGGUGCAACGAGAACCUGAAUUAGGCACGGUGGAACACAGCUGUAGCAGUAGCAGCGCAGUCCUCGACGGUGACGAAGUCGCGGAAAACGGUUACAUCGAUGCUAGUUACCAGUGCAUCCGGUUUCAUCCGUUUCAGCAGACAUCUUGGCACGUUCUUUGCGAUCAUAAUUUGAAAGAACUUCCAGUACCUCAUUACCGGGUGGACGCGGACAAGGGAUUCAAUUUUAGUAAUUCGGAUGAUGCGUUUGUCUGUCAGAAGAAAAAUCACUUCCAGAUUACCUGCCAUGCUCAGCUCCAAGGAGAAGCUAUAUUCGUCAGAACUGGCGAAGGUCUAAAGAAAAUAAGCAGCUUUCAGUUACACUUUUAUGGCGUUAAAGUCGAGUCCCCGACCCAAACGAUCAGAGUUGAGCAGAGUCAAAGCGACAGAAGCAAAAAACCGUUCCAUCCGGUGACAGCUGCUUUCAGGGUGGAAUUAGGCGGUGAACGUGUCACGAAGGUGACAGUUGGCCGUCUUCACUUCAGCGAAACGACCAGCAAUAACAUGCGGAAGAAAGGGAAACCGAAUCCGGAUCAAAGAUAUUUUCAUUUGGUUGUCGGAUUGCAUGCUCACACCGCGGACCAAGCUAGCUAUCAAGUAGUGGCUCAUGCAUCGGAGAGGAUAAUCGUCAGGGCAAGUAAUCCAGGACAAUUCGAGUCAGAAGGCAGUGGUGUCGGCGCAGAAGGUGGUUGGCAAAGAGGAUCAGCUCCGGACAGCGUUUAUCAUGCUGGUCGAGUUGGGAUCAACACAGACAGGCCUGACGAAGCUCUUGUAGUUCACGGCAAUAUGAAGGUGACGGGUCAUAUUGUUCAACCCAGCGAUGCACGAGCGAAGCAAAACGUACAAGAAAUAGAUACGCGUGAACAAUUGCGGAACGUGCAGCAGCUGAGGGUUGUUCGCUACAGAUACGCCCCGGAAUUUGCUCAGCAUUCAGGUUUAGGCAUUAAACAGCAAGAGGACACAGGUGUGAUUGCACAGGAGGUCCAACAAAUACUACCAGAAGCUGUGCUGCCAGCCGGUGAUAUAGUUCUUCCAAAUGGUCAGAGGAUCGAGAAUUUUUUGGUAGUGAACAAGGAGAGGAUAUUCAUGGAAAACGUUGGUGCUGUGAAAGAACUAUGUAAAGUGACGGAUAGCUUGGAAACUCGUAUAGACCAGUUGGAACGAAUAAACAAACGGUUAGCAAAGUUGAAGAGAGACGAUAGUUUGAAAAGUUCAAUCAGUACGAUAUCUAGUAAGACCACUGUACAGGGAAAGGGAAAAAAGAACGAACGGGAGGACGAGUUUCUUUGUAGUAACAAGUUCAUUCAGAUCGUCAUCGUUAUACUUAUCCUUAUCAUGGCCUUUUGCCUAGUUGCAAUGGCGACGUUGUAUUUCUUAGAGUAUCAGAAACGUAGCAACUUCGAGUGGCCAGCAGUAAGUAGUAAUGGAAUGUUGGCCAUAAGACCAGCCCAUCCGUUGACAAUAUCGAGUACACCUAAUUACGAUCCGAGAUACAAUUCCUUAUUGGAUAGCACGUUGUCCUCCUUGUACACUAAACAUGGAUCGCACAGCAGAGGUUUAGAUAGCAGUUUGUCGGUGAAAAGCAACGCGUUUUCCACGUCAACGCCGCAUACAAAGCAACAGCUUUACUCUCAUGAAAUAACUUGGUACCCUACCAGUCAUUCGGGGCCACAACCAAAACUUGACAAGAAUAGUGAAUUUCCUGGCAACUGGUUGAGCAGAAAUGGCGCAGGCGUUAUCCCCAGUAAUGUAGAUGAGAAUGAUCAGGGAUCGGACGUAGAAACUUCAUCUUUGAACAAAGGUCCGAUUCCUUUAGGUAGACCAGUAGAUUGUCCUAGACACUUUAGCGAAUUUGGAAAUCCUUGUAAGGUGCAUUGCUGCACUACCAAGAUGCAUCAGUUUGAGGAGCUUCAACCUGAUCAUCCUCCAGAGAAGAAAUCAAUUUCAGACCAUAUAGAACAGCCUUUGAACGUACACGAAGAAAAACGGAAAAUAACCAAAGGUUUUCAGAAUGGUAUCAACCCUUCUGAUCCAAGCACGCAGACGCUUGUGAAAGAGAAUAAUUACAAAUAUUCUUACAAGAGGACGAGAAGGGAAACUAGCGGUGGAGUCUGGGCGGAAGUUGGCAGUAACGCCGCGGGAUCGUUGCCACCAGAACCUAAACCACAAUUGUGGAUAGUGGCGGAGAAUUUUAACGCUUCGCUGGAUCAGAAGUAUUGCUCCGCAUCUUCGCAGGAUACGCCGAAUAAUAUUACUUGCGUCAUUCCUUUAUCCAAGUAUAUGCCAGAUGUUCGUCUCACAUUGCAUUUUGUUGGAAUGCCAGGGUACGGACAAGUAGUACAACAAUGCACUUCGUCAACUAAUCCCGGCAUUGACGAAUCGAUGAUAUGUAGUCCAAAAUAUGCAAUACAGCCGCAAACCGAGUUGAAAAUCGAUAUUGAAAAUAACAACCAACGGGGAGAUCAAUCAUUUCCUCUUGAUGUUGCUCAUUAUCUUCGGAAAACACUGAGGUUUCGUGUACCAACCGUACAGCCACAAGAGAACAUUUGUAAGAAUAUACACGGCGUCGAUUAUUCGGAAUAUACAUUGCACUUUUAUCGAGAUUGCGACGAGUGAUUGAUUUCUAUUGCGACAUGACAUGACCCAAGGACUUUAAUGUUUUUAUUCCGGAAAGGAAGAUCGUUGAAUAAAAGUACUGCAGGACCUU